AUGGUUCUGACUCGUCGCUUUCCAGUUCUGCUAAUGCUGUGCCAAAUGUUCUCCGGACUAAUUGCAAAGCAGUGCAGUCAUCAAGUUUCCGUGUAUGGAAUGAUGCUUCAACGACACAUCUUCAAGGAAGUUGAGACCUCUACCACAUUUGAGUGUCUUACGGCCUGUAACGACGAGGAAAGAUGUCAAAGCUUCAACUACGUCGUUUCCAAGAACAUCUGUGAGAUGAAUAACCGCACUAAGGAAGCCAGACCUGAAGACUUCGUCCCUGACUCUGAUCGGUAUUAUUAUGGAAGAGUUAGAAACAGAGGUUUGUUAUUAGUAAGAAAAAGAGAGAAAGUGAAACACUUCGAGAGAGAGAUGCUGACCUUUCUGCUGUCGCUGAAAGCAAGCUUUGGACAAUAUUUUUUACUGUUAUUUGUAUCCUCGAACAGAAAGUUGAUCUCGACCCUAAAAGUUAUAUUUUAAGUAUGUUUUGUUCAACUGGAAUGUUUUAUUCGUUAUCAUUAUCUAGAUAUUUAAAAAUUUCUUAUGCAUUUAUAUAUUUAUCUGUUUCUCUAUUUGUUUGUAUUUUCUGAUCAAAAUCCUCUACUUUUUUCUUCGUUUAAGUUCUGUGAAUCAUCCAAAACGGUUAGUUUCUUCUUUCAGAAACGUUACUGUAAUCAUCUUUUUAUCAUUUUUCAGUUCCACUGGGAUCCAUUCCGGAGCUUCCCGCUGAAUCGUGUAAAGAAAUUAAAGCCAGUGAAGGAGAACAAGCGGUCAGCGGCAACUACUGGUUUAAAUUUGAUCUACUUAAUUAUGCUGUUUUGGUUCACUGCGACAUGAAAACGGAAGGUAAAGCAUAAACUUGCAAAGUAAAAUCUAAAUCAAUCAUCAUUCAUUCUUUAAUUCACUGAUAAAUGCAACCAUUUAUUUUCCUCACUCACUCGUUCAAUUUCUCUCUGAAUGAAUGCAGGUAAUGUUCAGUUUUGUUCUUUUCUUUAAAAUAAUAACAAUAACAAUAAUAAUAAUAAUAAUAAGAUGGUUAUGGGAUUUAGUAGUGGAAGUAGCCCCUCUUUGAAAAGUUGGUUUUUGUGGAGGGAGGAAAACCAGAGGACCCGGAGAACAAAUUUGCGUAGCAAGGACGAAAACCAACAACGAACUCAACCCACACGUGACACCAGGUCUGGAGAACAAACCUGGGCCACAAUGUUGGGAGUCGAGCACUCUCAGCACUGCGCCAUCCCGGCUCCUCCAGAAAGAAAUAGAAUUUUGAAUUAAUUGUUUACGUUACAACUGCUAUUACAUUUGUGCUACAGAUAUUGACGAGUGCACUCAUGGAAUUCAUGAGUGUCUCAACGAAUCGGCAAACUGUUUAAAUACGGUUGGAUCGUACAACUGUGUUUGUAAAGAUGGUUACCAAGGCGACGGAAAAACCAUUUGCACGCCAGAGGGUAAGUAGUUUGACAGCAUAAAAGUUAUAAAUUGUGACAAUGAAGAGCUUUAGUUUUGCUUAAUGGUUUUUUUCUUUUCCAUAACUAUUUAGAAUGUAUAAGCUACUCACUUCUGACCAGUGGAACACGGAAAACCACCUACGACACACCCCAGGGAAGAGAAUCUUGCGACAACGACCUCAGUGCGGACUGGUUUCGUUUCAAAGGAGAUGCAGGAACGAAGAUGCCAACCAAAUGUGUACCUUACAAAAAAUGUGGCACUGACUCUACGGGUUGGCUAGACGGUUAUCAUCCAACAGUAGCUGAUGGAAAGGUCAGCAGGACGGUUUGCUUUCGGGGUCAUACAGAUUGUUGUAAACAUCCAGUUUAUAUUAAAGUGAGAAACUGUGGAUCUUUCUAUGUUUACCAACUAACGCCACGAACAUCCUGCAACCAACGCUAUUGUGGCACUGACUGAUAAUUAUGCUAGGAUCAACCACAGACAGAUCCAAAAAAACAGAGACUAAGUGAAGAGGGGGUAGGAAGGAAUGAGGUGGUAUCGUAAUUUGAUCUCAGUCAUUGAUAAAGACUCAAUAACGUCAACUCAGAAGGAUCUAAUCAAAGAUAAAUAGAUUGAAAAGAAAAAUUCCUAAGAAAGAUGGAAGAGCGGCCCCACUUUAAACUUGCCAUUGUAGAUCAUCGUCUAAAGGGUAGAGUUAACUUUACUAAACAGCAAUCCAGGUUGUUAGAGUCCAAAAUGGCGGAGAGCACAUGAUUAUACUUCUCAAAUGACUGUCUUAAUCCGUAGUGAUAUAAUUAUAGCACAUAAUCUAGCCAGGGGAAAUUCCUUAUCAUCUUUCCUUUAAGUACUGAGUUAUCAGGGGCGCUCUCCUCUCCCUUCCCGGACGCAACCGGUUAACAAACACCAUCUAUCCAAGAGCAAAUGUGUAAGUUUUGCAUUUCGACGUUCAACCAUUGUGGCACAAUUAAAGAAGGAGAAGGCUGGGUAAAUAAGGCUCUCUUGUGUUUCAGUAUUUUGAGAAUUUGAACAUCACUGGAUAGACUUGUGCAAAUUAGGCUUUGAAACAAAUUUAUCGGUUGUUCCCAGCCUGUUACAUACGCUGUUGAGGAACCUUAAAUUUCAUCAAAUCGUAAUAAACUUAUUAGUUUAAAUUAUGGGUCAACACGCAUUCCUUGACCGAAUAUUCGCCACCUAGAGUUUGGGAAUAUCCCUGAUAAAAUUUUCUUGCUGAUUAUUUCCUAAAAUUUCCAGGCGUAAUUCCAUUGCGAUGAGAGUAUUUAUUUCAAAUUCGAACUAGUGUCACAGUAAAAACUGUUAUUAUAAAGUCAGUACAAAAAACUAAAUAUACAUUGUAUGAACACAAUAGAAAAAGUAAAACAAUCAUUAAAUAAUCAUAUCAAGAAGGAGAAAAGAUAUAAAAAUAGAGCGUUGAAGUAUUUGCACGUAACGUUACGUAAAAACUUUACCACGAACGGAGUCCAUUUAAGUGUUAACUUCGGUCUCAAUUUCCUAUUGAGGAGAAUUUCAAAAAUAAGGCAGUCAAUCUUUGAUUAUGUUGUUUAAUGCGUUGCUGUAGAUGUCGAGGUGUGUACACAAUAUAAUUUGCGUCGAUAGUUUAUAGUUUUUUUACUUUUUUUUACUGUUUUUGGGUCAAUCAUAUCUAAAACUUAUUUUUUGGAGGAUUUCAGCUCAAUUACUAAAUUUAAGGCAAACAAUAAAGACGAGUUAAUCAAUGUUGUCAACAGAAUCGUGCAGAUAAGUUUCCCCCAUGGUAAUUCUUGUAAGUAGUAAAUACUGAAUAUUUAGCUAAAGGUUUAGUUAUUGAGACAAUAGUGUAGUAGAAUACGUUGGGCAAAUGUUACCCAGAGCAACUGCUUUAAUCUUAAUGAAUUGUAAGUUGUCCACAUCUAAGGCACAAUCUAUAUGUCUGCAGAAUUUUUAUUUGGCUCUUAAUCAUUAUUACUUCUGAAGAUAUUUUGCCCCCAUAUCUUAUUAAAACAUUUCAUUGCAAAUAUUAUGUUUACUAAUUAUGGCCGGAACGAGGCCAUGAUUAAUUAGGAAAUAUGUAAGAUCAUGCAGAAUCAGUUUUCUAAAGAUAUUAUCACAGACAUGGAGCUUGUAUUAGACCUAGUUCUCAAAACUCCGAAUGUUAAACUACAAAAGAACUUCCCUUGUUUAAUAAUAAAUGAGAAUCAACUAACAAUCAUGAAAAUGUUUCCUUAAAUAGCACUUUAAAUUUUCUAUUUUGUAAAAAAAAAACAAAUUCCAGAUGGGGGAAUAUUUAAAACAAAGGACAGGAAAGUAACACGAAAUGAAAAAAUUAAAAACCCCCGAGAUUCGAGGUGAAGAGCCUAACGUACGUGCGAGAAAUCCGUGAGGGGUCUUGCAUAACCAUCACUGCAUAAUUAGAUUUUGACAAAUUGACGGAAUGUUUUACAAACAAAAAUUAAAGCAUUCAUGUCAUUUUUUCGCCAAUGCCCAUGAAAUUUCAUAUAAAAAUAAAAAUACUUGAAAAUACUUGAGGAAAAUGAGAAAAGGAAAUAAAUUAAAAAAAAGGAGAAAAAUAUGAUCUGAAAACAUUUUUUAAAGAUAAACCAUAAUCUCUUCUUUGUAGCCUAUUGUGAAAAUAUUGACUUAUUUUUAUUUCAGAGAUCAUUUACCGUGACAACAUUUAUUCACCCAAGGCAGGAAAGCUCUUCAAAUCACAUAUCGAUUAACUUCUCUUUUGUGAGAACGCUUGUCUAUGAAUAAUUGAAUUGGGUUUAAAAUAUGAAUCAAAUCAGAUAAUUUCCAUUUCUUCUAGAAAUGCACGGCAUGUAUUAUCAAACCUCCUACUCUGAAAAUGUGCGGUUUUAAAUUGACUACAUUCUUACAAAGUAUGUAGAUAUGAAAUGAAAUAAAUGUACCCACUUUUUCCUGACGAUGAUUACAAACUCAGUCUCAAAUAGAAAAAAACAAUUUCAGUGCUGAAUUAUUGAUGAGUAGCAUAAAUGGUUGUCAUGUUCCCAGUUGAAAUGAUUCAGACUUUGGCUUUUUUUCGACAACAAUUACGCACAGGCCUAAAGGGAAAGGUUUACACUCUUUGUUGGUAAUUAUUUUUGACCACCGUCGCGCACCCAACAAAUUCUUAAACUACAAUUUUACAUAUUUUUACGAAUACCAUUGCCUUUAAAAAGGAAUACAGUCCACGUUUUUUAAAGAGACACUUCUGUGGAAUUUAUAAGUAUUUUUCACUGAGUUUUGUAAGCUCCUCUGUAAUCAGUAGAUUCUGCAGGAGUGUUAUGGAACAAAUUUUAUCUCGGAAACUAAAAAAUACUACAUGAGAGAAGUUUAAAGGAACAUGUUGACAACAGGGAAAAGGAAAGAAUAAACUUAAGAUGGCUGAUCAGGAAAAACAGGACGCUUUGAUAAAGCUUAAAGUAAUGUUUAUCACUGACUUUUGUACUCAGAAUCGCAUAACAAUGGAGAUAAAGCUUUCUAUUUCUAAAGGAUUGCUUUGUUAGGUGUAACACUUAGAAACCGUGGAGACUUUGGGGAAUAAGCCUUUGUUUUGUAAUAGGCAGCUGGAAUCUCUCACGCAGAAACAUGCUCAUAAACGCAAUGUAACCAACAUCGCUGCCAUCAAUAACGAGGAAGUGGUGAUGAAAAGACCACAAAGGAUCAUUUUAAAACUUUAUUUGCAAACAUUUUUUUUUUUAAUAAUUAUAAUAUUUGGGUACAAAGAAAAAAAAAACAAAGACAAAAAUUAUCCACCAAAGGAGAAAAAACGAAACAGGUCAAAAAUGAAUAAAUGAUCAACAUUCAAAUAUAUCAGAAAUAGGGACUGAUCAUACUCAUGUGAAGCGUAUUGCGAAAAUAACCACCUCUGUCUCUUGGAGAGAUCCCGCAUAGUGAUCUCUUCUAUUCAGUUCCUUGUAUAGGAAAUCUUAGCAUGGUUACUUACCGAUUCGUUAAUCUUUUACUAUGACGAUUGGUUGCGAUAAACUUUAUUAAAAAUAAAAUAUCAACGAACUUCGAUAACUUCCAAGGCUAUAUAACUUUCUAAAACUUUACAUGACUUAUUCUAAUACUUCGUUUCUUGAAAAUUUUCUGCUUAAAAUUAUAUACACCAAUAUGGUAAUGAAUCAAAAUCAAUUAAAAUUCCAGCUUUAACAGCUUUUUGGUGUUUAAUUAACUUAAUAAACCGUAACUCUCAAAAACCAAAGAGAGCAAACUUUCGACAUCAAUUAUUUAUGACUGUGCAGGAUAACUUCGAUGUAGUGCAUCAGUUGAAAUGAUUGAUGACUGGACACUGCCAGCACAAGGUUUCUUAUUCAGUGAAGUCUCGAAUAUCUGUUUCCAAUCAAGAUAUUUAAAGCAGGGGUCGUUUGAAUAACCCUUAUCGUUUACACGAGCGUACUAUUUUACAAGACAUUCCAAAAAAUGAUUCUAAUUCCAUUGCUCCAUGUCAUUUGCACUGCGGUCGAUUUGGCUUCUGCUAAGCCAGAAGGUGAGGCACUCUCAUCGUUUUUCGUUAUCAGUAAUUUUGAAGGUCUAGACAUGAUGUGAUUGUGCAGAAAUUACACCUGGUUCCGUGAAAAAUUAAACCUUACAACUGACACACUGUUACUUGCGGUACCACAUGAAUGACGUAAAUAGCCCUAAGCAUUCCGUCGUGUUUCCUAAUACUUGAAUAGUAACGAUUUGUAAUACUGACUCGAGAGAAGUAUGUCAUCGUUGUCGCUUUGACACUGGCUACUUCAAGCCAAUACUAUUUUACCUCAUGACUUUUCAUGGUCUUUGCAGAAACAUGUCGCAUCAUUCAGUUCGUGCGUAAAGUAAACGAAAAGGCUCUUGAAGGUCAUACGAUUACAACGAUUAGUUCGAACAAAGUCGACUUUUGUGAGACGCGGUGUUUCCUUAACCAUGAUUGCGUCUCUUACAACUUUGGACCAAGUGAAGACAACGAUGACACAUAUGUAUGUGAACUAAAUAACUCAACGGAUAACAGAAGAUUGAAACCUAAAGCGAUGUACGUAUACAGCGAAACAAAGGUAGGUUGUUAUUCCCAUUCUGUUUUGCUCUAAGAUUUCUGUUAAUUCAUUUUUAUUCCUUCAUUUUCAUAUUCUUUAAUUCGUAAUCAGUUAGACCAUUCUCAACCUAUUUCAUUAUUAGAGUGAUCUGUCUUAGGUUCAUCAUCUUGUUUUCUUAUUUUACCGAUCUAGGACUCCUGCCGGUCAAAUCCUUGUUUAAACAAUGGCAAAUGUCAAUAUGGUUUUACAGCCAAAACUUUCCGCUGUCUGUGUUCCGUUGGCUUUACUGGAGAAUUUUGCGAAAGGGGCAAGUUUCGAUCAAGAAGGAGGGAGGGGGUGAACGCAUUAAAUUUGGUUUUUGUUGACGUCAGCUCAUCAUUGCCAGCGUCACGUCACAUAGCAACAUAGAACGCUUCUCGCUAGGAAUUUUUAGUUACCUUUGGGGACCCCAUAGGUAGAAAAGUAGGAAAAAAAAAACAAGCCAAUGAUAUAUAUGUUUGCGUUAUUAUUUUACUACGUUGCCGUAUGAGUCCAUUUUCACAUUAGCUAAUACCUUGAUGGCUCAGAAUCUAAACAGGUUUUCGUCUCUUUUAAGAUUCCUCUCUAAGACAUUUUGUGUUCCCAGAUGUCGAUGAAUGCAAAGAUGCAGCCAUGUCCACUUUAGCUAAUGGCUUUGCGGCGCGGAAUCUAAAGAGUUUUUUUUGCGAUUAAGAUGCACUUAUAAAUAAAUAUCAAUGAUAAAGCUGUUUGAGAGAUGUUAAUGCAAACUGUGCCAACACUAAUGGUUCUCAUAAAUACACUUGUAAGGAAGGAUACACUGGGGAUGGACAGUCAUGUCAAGGUACAACAGAUAAUUCUAAGCAAGUUUUGGCAUUAGGUACGAUCUUAGUAACUCAGAAUCUAAACAGGUUUUCCUCUAUAUUGAGGUUUUUCUCGUAAAUAAUUUGUGUCAACAGAUGUCGAUGAAUGUAACGAUAAAAGCCAUACUUGUGAUGCUAAUGCGAAUUGUUCCAACGCUAAUGGUUCGUAUCAUUGCUCAUGUAAGGAAGGAUACACCGGAGAUGGACACUCAUGUCAAGGUGAUUAAGAGUGGCCUACACUAUUUAAAACAUGCAGCUUUGCACAUAAACUAUCGCCCAUGGAAAUUAGCCCGCAUUUUAGAGGUCUGUUUUCACGCACCACUCUCAUAUUUCCAUUGGGUUACCUCUUUUACAUCACUUAUGCUUCUAGAUAUCGACGAAUGCAGCAAUGGAAGCCAUGAUUGUGACGUAAAUUCGAUUUGUACGAACGCUAAUGGCUCCUAUAGCUGCACCUGUAGGGAAGGAUACACUGGAAAAGGAGAGUCAUGUCAAGGUAACAUUAGAUUAGACUCAGAAAAAAACAGAAUAACUGUUCAUUAAAAAUAAUGGUCUCGUUAUCUCACAAAAUGGCUAGGAUUUUUUUCUCUCUUCAUUUGCCCUUUGCAAAUCUAUUGUGUUCACAGAUAUUGAUGAAUGCAACGAUGAUGUUUGUGAUACUAAUGCUGACUGUACCAACACUAAUGGUUCUCAUAAUUGCAUCUGCAAGGAAGGAUACAUUAUAACUGGACAGUCUUGUCAACGUAGAUCAGAACAGCGAUACUUGAUGUUGAGCAAAGCAGAUUUCCAUAAUAAGUAUCGUCUUCGCAACUGUGGUCAUGAUCAAGAGGCAACGUGAUGAUUUUCACGCCCCGACCUCGUAUUUCUAUCAAGUUACGGGUUUCAUCAUAUGCAUACAUGCACAUUUUUCGAUGGUUUGAAAUAUAAUACGCGCGGAUAUUUUAAGAGUUGCCAGGUAUUUUUUAAGAGUCCGGAGGGAAGAAUAUAAGGCCACGCUCGGAUAACCACCCACCCCCCCCCUUCUCCUCCCUCACUUUUUUAAAUAGUAUAGAUACAAGGAAAAUCUUGAAAAAUGUUUUUGCUGUCACUUUUUUUGAUAACUUUUCAACCUUCAACAACAGCGCAAUCAGUACAGCAAAAUAAUUUUGUUUUCCAUUCCAGAUUUUUAUUUCUUUAUUUGCUUGCAGAGUUCCUUUAUGUAUUAUAUAUUCUUUUGACUUUUGUUCUAUUGCUGAGGUAACUUAAGAAGCGCCCCUCUCGACUAAUCGACAAAGCGCCCACCCUACAAAUAAGUGCACCCUCCUCCUCUCCCUCCCAGUUUUAGCCGAAAUUUUCAAUAAGCGCCAAAGUGCACAUUGAAAAUUUCUAUCAUUUCAAUUAUUGAAGUACUCACAAUAUCGCCUCAGGAACUAAACGUAUAUCUCGCGGAGUUUAUUCGCUCUUUUCAACUUAAAGACAGAGAAGAUUAUGAACCCUCAUGCUUAACAUGCCUCACUAUCGAGAAGGGAAAUUUGUAUGGUUUUUAUCUUUCAUCUUCGAUUUAUAAACCAUCGUCUGUUUGACAAUUAAUUGUUAUAAAAGAAGCAUUUACUCUCCUUAUGUGCAUGUAAACUAUAUAAUAAACCUAAUACAUCACGUAAAGUCUGUCCAUACGGUAUGUGAAGAAUCGUUGCUUUAUAUCAAAAAUCUUAUUCGUUUGCUGUGUUCACUCUCUCUGUUGUGGUUCUUUUUUUAUGAACAGAAGGCGUAGAUUGUAAGACACACACACGUUUAUUCAAAAGCAAGAAGAGCACUAAAACUAAGUCACAGGUGAAUAAUAAUCAAUGGCUAUAUUUUACAUGCGGCGGCCUAGGUACUAAUAUAAUGAUUACUGGCCGGAAACGGAGGCUAGCCAAAUUAUGACACCCUCGAUUUCUGAUACUACGAAAUCGUGGGUAAAUACCAUACGGACAGACUUUCUAUGAAGUAUUCCAUAUCUAUAUCAUUUGUACUACUAGAUAUCGAUGAGUGCCUCAUUGCAAGCCAUGCUUGUGACGUGACUGCAAAUUGUACCAACACUGACGGCUCCUACAACUGCACCUGUAAGGAAGGAUACGCCGGGGACGGAGAGUCAUGUCGAGGUAUGAUCACUGCAUUAGACUUAGCAAAUAAAAAAGAGUGUAGCGAUGGCAACCAUGAUUGCCAUGUUAAUUCCAACUGUAAGAACACAGAUGGUUCUCAUAUUUGUACUUGCAAAGAAGGAUACACAGGAGAUGGACAGUCAUGUCAAGGUGAAUAAGAGUAGCCUACACUAUUUAAAACAAGUAGCUUUGCACAUAAGCUUUCGCCAACGGAGAUUAGUCCUCAUUUUUGAGGCCUAUUUUCACUCACCACUCUCGUACACUCUAUUGCAUUACCUUUAAUACAUCACUUAUGCUUCUAGAUAUCGACGAAUGCAGCAAAGGAAGCCAUGAUUGUGACGUUAAUGCGAAUUGCACCAACACUGACGGCUCCCAUAGCUGCACCUGUAAGGAAGGAUACACUGGAAAAGGAGAGUCGUGCCAAGGUAAAAUUAGAUUAGACUUACAAAAAAGGGAAAUAACUGUUCACCACAAAUAAUUGCCUCGUUAUCCAACAAACUGGUUAAGAUUUUUUUCUCUCAAUUCAGUUACCCUUUGCAAAUCUAUUGUGUUCACAAAUAUUGAUGAUUGUAACAAUGAUGUUUGUGAUGCUAAUGCUAACUGCACCAACACUAAUGGUUCUCAUAAUUGCAUCUGUAAGGAAGGAUACAUUGAAGAUGGACAGUCUUGCCAAUGUAGAUUAGAACAGCGGUACUUCAUGCCGAGCAAAGCAGCUUUCCAUAUUAAGUAUUUUCUUCGUAACUGAGGUCAUUAUCAAGAGCCGGAAACGAAAUGAUUUUUAGGCCCCGACCACGUAUUUCUAUAAAGUUACGGGAUUCAUCAUCAGUAUACAUACACAUUUUUCGAAAAUACGCGUAGAUACUUUACGAGUUGCUUAUUAUUUUUUCGAGUCCGGAAGGAACGACGAUAAAUUAGAGCAAUGAACAAGAUGUCUUCUCGUAUUGUAUAAUAAACAAUCGAAUGAGGGAUUCAUCAUUCCAACAUUACCUGGAAUAUUUUUCUCGAAUAUGACGCCACGCUCGGACUCUCGGAUAGCCAACCCCCCCCCAACCUCUCCUCCCUUAUUUUUUUAAUAGUAUAGAGACAAGGAAAAUAUGUUUCUACUGCCACGCAUUUUAAAAACGUUUCAAACCUCAACAACAGCGCGAUCAGUACAGCAGAGUAAUUUUAUUUUCCACACCAGAUUUUUUCUACUUUCAUGUGCUUGCAGAGUUCCUUUAUGUAUUAUCCAUUCUUUUGACUUUUGCCCCAUUGCUGAAGUAACUUAAGAAACGCCCCUCUCGACUAAUCUCGGCUAAUGUAAUUUAACUUUGUAGGCAAUCCGUGUUAAAAUUACAAAAACCUGCGAUACGUAUUGAGAUAGGGAAAAAAACAAAGAGAAUUUACUUUCAUUCCUACAAACCUGUUUCGAGACCACUCAUUCAUCAGAGGGUGUUAUAUAUCUAUAUAAUAAGCUCAGUUAUGCACGCAUUCUGAUUGGUUCUCACUUAUGAUCUAUUGGAGGACAGACGUAUAGAUGACGUCAUCAUUAAAACUUUUUUACGUCAUCAUUAAAACUUUUUCAGUGUGUCACAUCAGUGACACACUCAGCUGCGCCUCGUGUGCCACUUUUUUGUUCUUACCACAUUUUGACGUCAUCUGUGAUCUAUUACUGAACAGACGCACGGCAACUUGGAAUCUAUUUGUUAAAUAUAUAUAUAAUACAUAUAUAAAUUGAGUUAGGGGAAAAACAAAGAGACAAAGAGCCUGUUUUGUGAUUACAUCUCUCUUAUGUCGUGAUUAAAACAAAAAUAAAAUUUCCCUUUCACAAUUAUUAUUCAAAUUUUUAGCCGAUCCAUGUUAUAAUUACCACAACCUAAGUGAUGCCACAAGGAAAAGCAGUUACAUUACACCGCUCUCUGGUCCAGUGUUUUGUGACUACCCACUCACCGAGAGAUGGUACCGUUUUGUGGGAGCUGCCUGAACUAAAAUGCCAACAACACGUGUACCAGCAUACAAAUGUGGUACAGACUGGUCAGGCUGCUUGGAUGGUGCUCAUCCUAUAGUGGAAGAUGGUGACGUUUUCAGGAGGGUCUGCUUUAGCAAUCGUCCUACAGGUUGCAAAUACUCCAUCGAAAUUUCAGUUAGAAAUUGUGGAUCAUUUUAUAUCUACAAACUUGCUCAGCCCCCUGGUUGUUCUUCGCGUUACUGCAGCACGGACUAAAUCUGAGUCUAAUAACUUCAAAAAACGAGACAAGUCAUAAAAAGAUCCUUGUGAACAAUGUACUUUACGACUUACAGUCCCCUCCCUAUCGUAAUCGUUAAUACCAUCGUUAUAACCUGGUGCAUACUGGCAAAUCUUUACGUCGGUGGCGAACUAUUAACUGUUAUAAAUAUCAAGAGUUCUAAUGAUGGUGGGCAUCAAAUAUCAUUUACAUCAUUAAAGAAGACUUCUUGCCUGAAAAAAUGAUAAGCGAAAACUGUCAAAUCCACCUAACUACAACUUUGUACAUUAUUUAAUAGCGUUUAACAUUUUUGACAAGUUUCUCUAUUAUUUCAUUAAGAGCUUUAUCACCAUUGGAUGAAUUAUCCUUUUGCAGCAAUAGGAUAAACAAAGAACACUUGCCCGAAAAAAAAUCAAGCAUAAAAAAAAUAACAGUUAGUUUGUAGACAAAUUGGAUCUUUCGAUAUCUACAAACUCGCUAAGUCAUACCCAUGUCAUUUGAGUUUCUGUCUCGAAAUAAACUGACUAAAUAAUUCGCCUUAGUGUUAUAACAUUAGUUACGUGGACCUCUUGCUAACAAAUUAAGUAUUAAAAAAAAAAGAUAGAGACAGACAUGCAUGUAGAAUAUUCAUUUGGAAUGCCUCAGUCCUGUAGCUUUAGAGAUAAAAGCUGAACAAGGAAAUCCAGAAUGCCUUUGGUUAUCGCCAAGUACUUAUAUUUUCUUGAAAAAAAUAUUGAUUGAAGUCUGUGACUCUGUGUUACCUCGAAAAAAUUGAGAUUUAAGGACACAUGAUAAAAAGCUGAGUAGUAUAUUCCAUUUAUCAUUCACAGCACCAUCUGUAUUUGUGGGGUUCAAAAAUGUUUUGGCUUUGUAACAAAAUAUUCCGUGAUAAAAGCCACGUGUUAAAGGUGGCCUGCCAUCCGUAGUAAUUUGCUAUGUAAUCACGAUUAUACUGUGACAGCUAUGAAUUUGAAGCAAAAGUUUAAGUUAAAACCAUUGAAAAUAACUUCGGUUUGCUCAAAUCUGGUGCUCAGAUCCUUUUAAACCCAUGGUCAUCAGCAGAUUACGACGUAAUUUCGGUCCCAGACUCCCGUUCCCCGUUCUUCUUUCCUCGUUCUCCGUUCCUCGUUCUCCGUUCCUCGUUCUCCGUUCCUCGUUCUUUAUUCAGAAUUCUCCGUUUCUUGUUCUCCGUUCCCCGUUCCUCGUUCUCCGUUCUCCGUUCCUCGUUCACCGUUUCCCGUUCUCCGUUCCUCAUUCUCCGUUCCUCGUUCUGUUCAGAAUUCUCCGUUUCUUGUUCUCCGUUCCUCGUUCUCCGUUCUCCGUUCUCCGUUCUCCGUUCUCCGUUCUCCGUUCUCCGUUCUCCGUUCUCCGUUCUCCGUUCUCCGUUCUCCGUUCUCCGUUCUCCGUUCUCCGUUCUCCGUUCUCCGUUCUCCGUUCUCCGCUCUAAGUUUACCGUUCCCUGUUCCUCGUUCCUCGAUCAUCGUUGCCCGUUCUUCGUUCCUCGUUGGAGUAACAUCCUACUACUGCUAUGGCACAAUAGUGGUCGGUUCAAACAGCGAUUUCUUAAACAUCAUAGUACCAUGGGCGCUUUUUUAAUGCUCAGAUUUAACUUGGAUCGAAAAAAAUUCUAGACUGGUUUACACCCGGUGGAGUUUACUAACGGGCUGGUGCGAAUCCUGUCAGCUAUUUGGGUGCAACAGAAGGAAAAAAAGAUCAAAUUUCGUAGCCUAGAGCCUCUUCCGAAUCAUGAACCUUAUGAAAAAUUUCAAGAGAGUCAGCCAGUCAGCCGUGUGUUCUUGAAUUGGUUGAUCAUGGAAAAAGGAAUUCUUUUUUCGUAAGUUCUGUUUUUUUUUCUUUCGUUAUGUAAAAUUUUAGUCGAUUUUUAGCUUACCAGUCGAUUUGUACCGGCUCGGAACUUUCGCACUCAAGAUAAUUUAUUAUUAUCUACUGAGUUGGUAACGUAAAUUGGUUUGAAUGAAAAGUUUAAAAGCGUUUCGAGCGUUAGCCCUUCGUUCAAUCGCUCUGACGAAGGGCUAACUCUCGAAACGUCAGCUUUUAAAUUCUUUGAGGUGGCCAAUUUACGAUAUCAACUUAGUUGAUAAUACUUGAUUACCCUAUUAUACUCCCAAUCGACGCAGCACCUGAGUUUCUUUAGAAACUUAACACCUAUAUCCUUUCGUACUCAGUCAGUUUAAUCGCUUAAAGUCUAAACAAAUAAAGUUUUUUUACAACACUUUGACCCAUAAUUUCUCUUUACAAUAUCACCCCUGAAUCAAACAUGAAUGUCAAAAAGAAAAUGAUUGCCUACAAAAGAAACUCUUGAAUGUUAAGCGAAUUCUCCAAGUCAACUCUGUAGGUAAUAUAUAUCUAAUGGUAUGGAAAAUAUGUAUACUGAUGUUAAGGUGCAAAGAAUUAAUGUCAAAUGUAUAUUUAUCUAUACUUUUGACAUCAGAAGAGCUUAGAAGAGCAUACGAAAAAAAGGGGGGGAAUAAAAUCUUAGGAAUAGGGUUCUGCCCUCACCAAAAAAGUACAAGAAGAAGGUAGAUACAUAAUGCAAAUAACAGUUUCAUGGUAGAUAUCGAAUUUGGAAUACGUAUUCUAGUUAUGAACUACUUUUUACCAUGUUUUCUUAAAGUUUACUGAGCCACCGGCGACUUGACCUUCAAACAAUGACACAGAAAUGAAGCGGAAGCAGUCAUUAAAGGAUGCAAGUUGUCUAACUACCUCAUCGCGGUACAAGUGAGGGUUGAUAGCCCGCCCCUUCUCCGCACUCCCUACUUUUUUUUUAAAGAACAAUAAAGCACUCUUUACGAUUGAGCCACCAGGAACUUGAGUCUCAAAAGAAAAAAGAAAAAAAAGAACAAAGGAAUAAACGAAAAAACAAAAUUAACCAAGAGCAAUCAUUUAGGCGUUUAAGCUGACUAACUACCCCUUUAUCCACCCCUUUCCUUGAUUUUGGUUUUUCUUGCUCUUUUGAAAAGUUUGGAUGGGCAGUUACGAAAACUAAACUUAGAGGAGAAAUUGCUGAUUAAUCGCGUUGACAUGCUUAUGAGGGUGUGAUAUCGUCAAAGGUGGUGGCGAAAGCCACGGGCUAGAUUUCUAAAUCCGCCAACAGGCCAUUGAGUUGAACGCAUGACGGAACCAAACAACUCGAACGGAAAUAUCCGUGUUAUUAAAUUUUCAACCUUGGAUAUUUCAUCUCUAGUGUUAAAAUUUUUUUGCAUUUGCAUGAAAAAGGAACGACUGGAACGAUUUGAACGGCAAUUCGGAAAUGUUUUCAAAGAAAGAUAAUGAUUCUUUUUGGCAACCUUAAUGCAUAAGCAAUUCUUACACGUUUAAGGCUUACAACUAAUACCCAUCGUCAUGCACCCCU